CAAGAAGGCAUUCUCUUAAUCGUAAAGGAAAAAAGAAAGCCCUAGAAGCUAAAGAGGAGAUUCAUUCAGAGAAGAACAGAACUACGCUCUUGCAGUCCUCACUCCUCCGUCGGGACAAGAAACUACUGGGCAUUACCAGAUCCUGUGAUGGCUGAGACAGAAUCAGUGCAAGUAAGUUCUGGUCAUAAGAGACCUCGAAUCCUUCUAGCUGCUAGUGGAAGUGUAGCUGCCAUAAAGUUUGCAAAUCUUUGCCAUUGUUUCUGUGAAUGGGCAGAAGUAAAAGCAGUUGCCACAAGGGCUUCUUUACAUUUCAUUGACAGAGCAUCACUUCCAAAGGAUGUAAUUCUUUACACUGAUGAGGAUGAGUGGUCCAGUUGGAGUAAAAUUGGUGAUAGCGUACUUCAUAUUGAACUUCGACGGUGGGCUGAUAUUAUGGUUAUCGCCCCGUUGUCAGCUAACACACUUGCAAAGAUUGCAGGGGGACUGUGUGACAAUCUCUUGACCUGCAUUGUGCGAGCAUGGGAUUAUAGCAAGCCAUUCUUCAUUGCACCUGCCAUGAACACCUUUAUGUGGACUAAUCCUUUCACAGAGCGGCAUCUUAUGUCAAUUGAUGAGCUUGGGAUUACUUUGAUCCCUCCUGUGUCAAAGAGGCUGGCAUGUGGAGAUUAUGGAAAUGGUGCAAUGGCUGAACCUUCUCUGAUAUACUCUAGUGUAAGGCUGUUCUUCGAGUCACGGAAUUAACCAGGUGAUGCAAGACUCAGUUAAUUUUAUGUUCACAUAAUGGUAGUAUCAGUAUUGGGAUUUGUUAGCGUCUCAUAGGGUCUGAACAAGCUCUAUGCAUCUGUACUCUGUAUUGAGCAUUUGUACAUCCAGAAGUAGGUGUAGGAGUUGAUAUGAAUUACAUGUUACCAACUGUUGUUUCAGCUACAGCUUGGACUACCAUAACCCAAUGAUUUUUAAUAGCGACGAAUUACAAAACCUUUGUAACAACUUGAUGUAUUUGUUGGUCCUCUAAUUACGUUUUGCUAUUCGCAUUUCUUUA